UUCGUUAAAAUGCAUCUCAUGUUUCAUCCUUGACUAACAAAUCUAUCUCAAUUUAUAUAUAUAUAUAUAUAUAUAAGAAAAUUGUACCGAGCCAUGGAGCUUGAACUGGGGCUCAAAAUCAUCCGCAGUAGAGAUGAUAUCAGCUCCUUCACUGACCUUCGGAUUGCUAAAGAUCAUGCCGGUCCUCUUUUCUUUUCUAGAGAAACCGAGAACAUGUUCACCCUUAUUGGAUAUCUCAAAGGUUUUAGAAAGGAGAAUACUGACAUCAAGAUUAAUGAAGAUGGUGAUCGGAUCUCAAUUAGUGGGAAGAAGCCAGUUCAGGAGAUGGUGUUGAUAGGGUGGAUUAUGCACAAAAAAGAGGUUGAGUUACGGUCAUUCCGGAAGGCCUUCCGAAUUCCUGAUGGGGUCGUUUUGGAUAAAAUCAAGGCAAGAUUCAAUGAUGAAGAAUCGACUUUGACGAUUAUUCUUCCGAAAUUGGUGAAAGGAAUUCUUGAUGUUGAGCUAGAGGAAGUUAAGGGAGAGGAGGUUGAUAAAGGGAGAGGUGAAGCUACACAAGCUGUAGCUGACAAGGCACCUGAAGGAGAGAGUAGGGAGCCAGAGUUGAAGAGGGUGGAACAAAGUGACCAAGCUUUGCAAAAUAAAAGGGUUGUUGAGCAAAAGGCUGAUGCAGCUGAAAUAGUGCCUGAAAGAGUUGUAGAUACAACGUUACAAAAGAAACUAGAGCCUAAGGAUCAAAGCGAAUUAGAAGAAGCCACUCCUGAAAAGGCAGAACCUCCUUCUACUACCACCGCCGCUACAUAUCAGGAAACAGUAAUCAAGAAACCUAAGCUAGUUUUGCCUGAGAAAGAGAUCGAACACCAAGAGUCAAAAAAGGCCGCUCCAGCUGAAGAAACUAGAAGCGAGGAGCUUCCCGGUUUGAAAGAGCAGGGGAAGAAACUGGAAACUCCAGAGGCCAAGAGCACUCGUGAAGAAACGUUGGAAGAACACCCUCAUGGACCAGAGCGCAAUCAAUUGACAGAAGCUGUCAUGGAUCAAGAGACUAAACCACCAGAAGUGUCAAACCAACCAUCAGCGCAAGCUGAUCAAGGACAUACAGAAGAAGCAAAUCAUGUAGUCAAGACUGAAAUAUCACACGAAUCAGAAAAGCGGGAAACAGAAACAAAUGUUCAAGAACCAACGAUACCCGAACCUGAUCAGGAAAAAAAGCUGGCUGAAACUCCACAUCCUGCAUACAAGUCAAGAAACAAUGAGGCCCAAGGAAGCAAAGAAAGCCAUGGAAUAGGAAAUGAUAUCAAAGAAGCAGCAACGAAUAGAAAGAAUCCUGUUUCAAGAAGAACCAAGCUAUGUCCUCCUCUUGUUGUUGCAGGGUCGGCCAUUCUCGUCUCUAUCGUAGUGUUUGUCAUUGGUUGGAUUAGAGCUAAGAAAAGAUGAAUUAUAUGUAAGACACUGGCUUUACUUGCUUUGUUAUUGCUGAAAACAAUAAAAUCUAGUGCAUCAAGUAAGCUAA